GCGCUUCUCAGUUGGGUGGCAAACGCCGAAACAACACCGAUGCCGACCGUUGCCAACCCAGUUUUAUUUCAGUCGACGGAGUGUUUCUACUGUCUUUGAACGAGUUAACAGAGGACCAGGCAACUGUGUAUUGACCCAAAGGGAGACUCCGCUGGCUUAAGGCCGUGGGAGAAAGAAUGACAACCAUGCUCCGGCUACUGUCCAUCCUAGCUUCUAUGGUGGCCAUAGCAUCACCUCAACUAUUGGCAAAAGCAGGCGCAUUUCUUUUCGCAGCGAAUCUGGCGACCAGUUCCCUGAACAUCGAAGAGAUCACUCAGGUCAUGAGAGAGGACGACCCCACCGGUCAGGACCACCGCAUCCGCGUCACCAUAUCGGAGCACGACCCAUUGGACGACGUCGUGGAAUGGAAACUCUUCCUGCAUUCCAACGAUGAAGGGGCCGUCACUUACAAGAUCCCAGCAGACGGAGAAAACCCUUCCACCCAGACAGAAUUCGUCUUCAAUGGAAACCUCGUGAACUCGGACUCCUACCUGCUGCAGGCGAUGGAUCACUCGGAGGACAUUGCCAUGGACUUUAAGGUGGUGGCUAUCACGGAUCUGGAGACGAGCUUAGCCUGGGUUGGUGGGGAGAGGAACUCACCAGCUUCCUCACUAAGGAUAGUGACCAGCCAGCAAGUGGGAAACAUCACUGUGGAUGGAAACGUCUGCACGUACGAUGACCAUCCCUGCUACAUAAUAGCCCCAGAAACGAAGCCGUCUUAUAUCAGGAGAUGUGUCAAUAUUUCCGUAUCGUCUGAUAAGGUGAUGAGGCAUUGCGAUGAAAGGGUUGCGUUGUACAAGGAAAUAGGAGAAACACUACCAAUCGAACUUCAAGAAGACGGAAUCCUCACAGUUGAGUUUACAUACCCAGGGAAAUACCUCUCAGUGGAAGUGGUGGCCUACGACCCCAAGAACAAUUCGAACUUGUUCUCAGAGUACCCUUACAAGUGCAGAUUCCCAAUCGGCCAGAUCAGGAAAAAGGGUGACAAGACAGUGUGCCGUCAUACCCUGACACUGCCCCGAGGCCACAAAAGAAAUGAUGGUCCUCAUUGUGGUCAUUGAUGAAGAUGAUCGUGUGGAGAGGUCGGCUCUCCAGUACUUUGACAAAAAAGCAGCGUCUAAGCUCAGCAUCGAGAAGGUAAGCUGGGUCAUGAAAGAAGACGAUCCCACGGGCGAGGACCACAACGUCAGGGUCACGUUCAGCCACCAGUCUCUCCCCUUCGUCAAGAAGUGGUCGCUGACUCUUCACAAGAACUUCAGGGACCUCAUCACCUACACAACCGACGCCGACGGGAGCAACCCAAGCACUCAGACGGAAGUGGUCUUCGAGGGGAGGCUGGUGGAAUCUGAUGCCAUUGCCCUCCGCGCCUUGGAUUCUGAUGGCAAGAUGCUCGCCCUCGAUUUGCUCACAGUAGAUAUUCCAG